UCCGGUGUUGACGGCAGUGACAUCAUCGAUAAACAAGCAUGGCCGGCGACAGCUUUCGAGAUUAUGUUAUGAAUGGAAAUUUCACUGAAUUGAAGAAAAUACUUGAAGAAAAUAAAGGUUUAUUGUUGAAGGUGGACGAGAGUGGUCGACUUCCAUUACACUGGGCAGUUUCACAAGGGCACUCAGAAAUAGCAGAUUAUCUCCUAGAUCUUGGCACUCCAGUUGAUUAUAAAGAUGAGUCAGGAUGGACACCUCUCAUGAUAGCAGUGUCUGCUGGUCGUCCAAAGAUUGUCAACAGCCUUAUUCACCGUAGAGCUGAUAUCAAUGCUGUCAACAACAAUGGCCAAUGUUCUUUACACUAUGCUGUCUCUAAAAACAGAUAUGAGAUAACUGAAUGCUUGUUGAACAACAAAGCCACGCCCAAUGUAGCAGAUUGGAUGGGCAGUAUCCCACUACACCGAGCAGCUUCAAAAGGCCACACAAAUAUUGUUACUUUACUUCUACAGCACAAAGCUAAUGUGAACUAUGCAGAUCAUGAAGGCAACACACCACUUCAUUUGGCAUGUGAAGAAGAACGAGCUGAAGUAGCUUACUUGCUAGUCAGAAAUGGAGCACUAUUGACAGUCUUAAACAAAGAAGAGAAGACUCCUUUAGAUCUUGUUCCAUUAAAGAUCCGUCGCAACUUAAAGAAUCUGUCUGAUCAAACUAUGUAGGUUUACAAGACACAUAAAUUUUCAGACAUUUGAUAACAAUUAAGCCAAAAUAAACAGGCUGAUGGAAAACAUCGAAAGUUCCUUGCAGCUUGUGGUUCCAGUAAAAUAUGCAUUUCAUAUUUUUAUUUUCCUUUUUUUAUAAUCAACAGAUGGAAAAGGUAUUUAUUUAUGUAUAAAUGUAACAAAAGGGUAAUUUACUAACAAAAUUUAAUUUAAAAAUUCAUUAAAAAAGAAAAUUAACUGGGUAGAUAUAUUUUAUUGUUUUAUAAUCCUCUGAAAAUGCUGUCAAACUUUGUAAAGCUUGUUUCUCCAUUCCUUCUUAUCGAAGUAAAAUAACAAUAUUUCAUCAAGUGUAA